CUCUCUCUAACACAGUCAGCCAUGUUUGAAGAAUCCGUGACAUCCCUGCCAUCAAUUUGGGCUUCCAUGAACAGCUGGUUCACUCCCACUGUUCUCUUCCUCCUCCUCAAUGUCAUGAUUGGCACCAUCGCCAUUGCUUCAAACUUGGGUUCCACCCAGAAACACGAGGACCCAGAGCAGCAGCACCACCAGAACCACCAUCAAGGCGGAGGCAUCGCCAGAUCUCCGUCUAUGCUGCAGAGGCUCAAAUCCAUCAACCUCUACCAGUACAGAUCCCCGGAGCCACACUCCGCCACUUUCGAGAAACACCCGGAAACUACUGAGGAUACCCAUUACGCCUUUAACCACGCCCACGAGUUUGAACAGCCCCAGUUCACCAGAUCCCCUUCUCUGCUGCAGCGGCUCAAGUCCAUCAAUUUCCACAUUCCACAAGAUUUAUCCAACAACCCAUCUCAGCCCAUCGCCGACGCAGCCCCUCCGCACAAAACCCAUGAGCCGGAAUCCCAUUUCGAGCAAGCUCCGGAGCAGGAGGAGUUCCCAGAUGACGACAGUUUGGAAGAACACGAGCACCCAGAACCAGAAACUCCAGAUUUUUCAGAAGCAGGGGAUAAACAGAGGGGCCUGGAGGAGAUUUUCAGCCAGCUGAAGCCGUUACGGGACCGCCACGUGAACCGGACCAAGUCGGACACCAAGCCGGCGUCCGGCGAGGUGCCCGUCAAGCUCCCGCAGAAGAUGAAGAAAUCUGCGAGCUCCAAGUCUGCUUUUGCUCAUUUCCAGGAGGAUGAUAUCGUCGAGAUUCGCCGGCCGGCGACCGUGAGGGAGAGAAAGGUGGCGAAGAUGGCGGAGGAUGACGAGGAGGUGGACGCCAAGGCGGAUGAUUUCAUCAACAAGUUCAAGAAGCAGCUGAAGAUGCAGCGGCUGGAUUCGAUCGUAAGGUACAAGGACAUGAUCACUCGAGGGAGUGAUAAGUGAGAGAAAAUUUUAAUUAUUUUCCAGAGUUUGGGUGGAUUUUUAAUUUCUCUUAAUUCUGGGGUGGGCUGAGUAAAAUUAGGAGUUUAAUGGAUGUAAUGUUGAUUUGCUCACUACCACUCUGCAGCUUUCUGUCUGUUGAACUAUUUGUUCAAACUUGUAUUCCUAAGAUUAAUUCGCAGUUAGUACGGCACGGAACUGUGAUUUAUAUGUAAGAAGAAACGACGGAGUAAGUAUAUUCAUGUGAUGAAAAUAUUUGUCUCCGGCAUUCCGGCCUA